AUGAAGUUAUUCAAGUUUCUGUGGAUUCCCGUGGUUACGGUCUUACUCCUCGUGUUGGUGCUGAAUGGCUACAUCUAUUUCAAUCAAGACAAUCUUAUAUUCGCAAAAGAAAAGAUUAAUACCAAGAAAGUUCGUCCUUAUGGAAGUCACUUCGAGGAUGUAUACCUAGAUAUGGAUGACGGAAGCAAGUUUAAGUGCUGGUUUGUAAAAACGAAAGACCACGAAAAAAAACCUGUGUUCCUUUACUACCUCGGAAAGGGUGGCUAUAUCGAGAAGUAUGUCAAAUUGUUUGACAUGAUUGUGCAGAGGGUGGACGUUAGCAUCUUUUCCUGUUCCAACAGGGGGUGCGGAACGAACGAAGGAACUCCAUCUGAGGAACAAUUGUACAAGGAUGCUCUCGUGUCCUUCAACUACUUGAAGGGGAAGAAUACCAAACAGCUGUUCAUCUUCGGAAAUUCCAUGGGAGGAGCAGUCGCUCUCGAAACGGCAUCUAGGCACCAAAAGGAUAUUUACGGCGUGAUCCUAGAAAACACAUUUCUCAGCAUGAAGAAAAUAUCGGAGGAAACACAUCCCUUCUUAAAUUUCUUCCUCAUAAGUUUUGAUACUUUGAUUAGAACCAAAAUGGACAAUAUGGAGAAAAUAAAAAAAAUACACAUUCCUCUGUUGAUUAACAUAUCGGAACAGGACGAAGUAGUCCCCCCUGAACAUUCGAAGAUAUUAUUUGAGCUCUCCCCAAGCAAGCACAAGUUUAAGUACUUAUCCAAGAAAGGGACGCACAACAACAUAAUAAAGGUGGACGACGGUUCCUAUCACGCGUCUUUGAAGAAGUUUGUCCAGACAGCAAUCAGUGUGCGCGAGGGGAAAGAAAUACCAGAGAUAGAACGACCACCACCCGCAGCGGCGGUGUAG